UAUGAGAAAGCCGAACACAAUAGGCCACGCCCCCUCCCCGUUCAGUCUCAGUGCCCAAUGAAGAGAGGAACUUAGUCCGAGCCACGCCCCGCUCACCACCCAGAGGAGGUCCCGAACGCGACCGCCACGCCUAUCGGGGGCGUGGCUAUGUGAAGCCGACAAACCAAUCAACGAGGACUGGAGGAACCUGAGAGGAAGUGACGCAAAGCCAGCCGCUGUUGCUGCCCGGUUAGCUGUCAAGAACCCGGAUGAUUUUGGGGGUGAAUAGGUGGAGAUGGUUGUAGAUAUUCAGCCAGAUUGCCUUGGGCUUUAUUGUGGAAGAACAGCGGAAUUUAUAAAUGGGACUGAAAUUCAUGGCGAUUGUGGGGUGUGUCCAAGAGGGCAAAGGACAGAUGCUCACAAAAUUUGUCGGCCAUGUAUGGGAUCUCCAGAACGCUACGAUUGGCUUUACCUUGGCUUUAUGGCAAUGCUUCCUCUGAUUUUGCAUUGGUUCUUCAUUGAAUGGUAUUCAGGGAAAAAGAGCUCCAGUGCUCUGUUCCAGCACAUCACUGCUUUAAUCGAAUGCAGCGUGGCAGCCAUCGUUACUCUGCUUGUAAGCGACCCCCUGGGCUCCUUGCAUAUCCGCUCCUGCAAGGUGGUGAUGCUUUCUGACUGGUACACCAUGCUCUACAACCCGAGUCCUGAUUACAUUACCACUAUUCAUUGUACCCACGAAGCAGUCUACCCUCUCUACACCAUUGUAUUUAUAUACUAUGCCUUUUGUUUGGUGUUGAUGAUGAUGCUUCGGCCCCUUUUGGUGAAGAAGAUUGCUUGUGGGCUAGGGAAGUCUGAUCGAUUUAAGAGCAUUUACGCAGCUCUCUACUUCUUCCCGAUCCUAACUGUGCUUCAAGCAGUUGGAGGCGGCUUGCUCUACUAUGCUUUCCCUUAUAUCAUCAUAGUGUUAUCUCUCGUCACCCUGGUUGUGUAUCUGUCAGCUUCCGAAGUAGAUACUUUCAAGGAUCUCCUUGUCAGGAAGAAAAGGCUCAUUGUUCUGUUCAGCCACUGGCUCCUGCACGCCUACGGGAUCAUCUCCAUCUCCAAGCUGAACAACGUCUACCAAGACUUGCCCCUGCUGGCUUUGGUGCCGGCACCUGCUCUAUUUUACUUGCUUACUGCAAAGUACACGGAUCCUUCGCGGAUACUCUCCGAUGGAGCAAACGGACGUUGAGCCAAGAAUCCAGCGUUGAAGGCUGAGGUUCUCUGGGGCCCAGCCAUCGUUCCCCUCUUAUAGGAAGCUGUCAGUUCUCUUAUCAGCCAGCUUUCAGGUAAAGUUUCUUUAGGAUCAAGGCUUAGUCCCCCCACAUCAGCUCGAUUCUAUCCUCCUAAGCAACAUCUGGAUGCACCUGUGCAUGUGAUGCCUUAGAAGUGUUCCAUCAG